AAAGAAAAAACGCUCACGAGUCACGACCGACCAAUGCAACAGCGAAGCCCUCAGUCCCACGGAACAUCUCCUCCGACCUCUCCCCUGCGGAUAGAACCGCGGUUCUGCCAACAGACAGACACAAAGGAACGACGGAUAUGAACUAGUCUUCAACAGGGCGCUGAAGCUGGACAGUCAACACGGACGAGCCCUGUUUCACUCACUCCUCUUCAUGCCUUGCGUUUCUCCUUUCUUUCAGUCAACAAUUAAUCUGCGACCAACGCUCUAUGACCGAACGUGUUCCAUAUUUUUCACAGCUGUAAUUGCCUGACACGUUUUUCAGAACGGCUACCUGGACUUGACAAGACGGCAGAGAAGCAGUGUCUCCGAACACUGUUCAAUGAUCGGGACUUUUCUUGCGGAAAAGAGGAGCAUCUUGGUGACUCAUAGGCUACUCUUGAAUUAUUUGCUUUAUUUUGACUCUUACUGAGAAUUCAUGCGCGCCUGCCUUCAAUGAAGGGUAUCCUGCGUUUUUUGCAUCCCGCCUUUUGAAUGAUGAUAACCACGAGACAGAAAAAAUCCCGCGCUGGUUUUCCCGCACGUUUGGGCAGUUAGUCUUUAAAUAGCUAUUACUUGCUAAUGACAGGUAUAUUGGAGAUGCCACAGGUGCAUGGUAUGAAUUUUAUAUGAAACAGAUGCUCAGAUCACAUAUUAUCAAGUGCACCGAAUAUGAAUGAGUACAUAAUUCUGUUGUAUGUGUUUUUUUAUCAGCUUGGAUAGAUAGUUGAAUAUGGUUGUGAGGUGAAGUAAUUUACCUGCCUUCUGAACUGCAAACAACUUCAAUGUCCCUCUGCAUUCUGUAUAGCUAUUGAACCCAGACUGUAGCAUAAUGGACCUCAAAGUAGAAUCUGAAGAAAUGGACUGCAAGAAGCCACCCCCCAUUGAGGUUUUUGCGCACAACUCAACACUGCACGGAAUUUCGCACAUCUUCACCUAUGAGCGAGUCUGCAUCAAGCGCUGUCUAUGGGUCGUGUUCUUCCUGGGCUCCUUGACUUUACUACUGUUUGUGUGCGUGGACCGAAUACACUUCUACCUGGAGUAUCCGCACGUCACCAAACUGGACGAGAUCUCGACCCCGACGAUGGUGUUCCCCGCUGUCACGUUCUGCAACCUAAACUUCUUCCGCUUCAGUCGCGUGACGCGCAAUGACCUGUACCACGCAGGGGAGCUUCUCGCGCUACUCAACCAGAGGUGCGUUAAACGUGUGACAAAAUGUGGAUUUGCAGUGGCACUCUAGUCCCUAUAAAAUGAACUAGGUUACGUUUAGGCUAGAGCCCUGAAAUGGUACCUUAUGCCCAUGUGUCCCUGGACAAAACUAUACAGGGAAUAUGGUGCCAUAACAGAUGCAGCCAAACAUUUGAACCUAUAGCCACUAGAUCAGAGUGGAAUCAUCAGUGGGAGUUCAUUAGUCAUAGUCAGGCAGUAGACCUAGUUCCCUCAAAGGUUUCGGUUCCCCUCAACUAGUAAUCACAUUCAGACUGAUUCGCUAUGUGUACUGAAGAAGACGAUAUGCAGUGUAGAGAGAUGUGUGUGACAUGACCUCCUGUGCAGAGCACAUAGCACAGGUGUCACCAGUUUGGUGUAAGACAUGUACGUUCAAUUCAACAUUGCUGUACUACAGGCCUAUAUUGUUAGCUUAUUGAUUUACAGAUCCUCUCUGUGAGACAUUCAGCCUUUACAAUAGUCAUGAAAAGUCAGAGGCAGAACUGAAUCAGUCAUAAGUAAGAAGAAUGGUGAAGGUGGCAAGGUGCCCCAUUGUCUGUAACAGUGUUGUGCCUCACAUCCUCAGGAAGCACUUUGUCACUCAGAUGCUUUGA